AUGGAGGUGCGCUGGCCGCGGGUCUCUCGCAGGAUUACUGUGCCAUCUGCCGUUGGCACGCCCUGCAAGAGAUGGAUGGAGGCAAACGAACGACUUGCUGCGGUCACGGACCGUAGCCAUGCGGGUUUGAAUGAACCUGCUGUGGAGCUCAGGCGGGGUAACGGUGUGAUAAUGCGCCGGCCUGUUACAGGCUCAGUGCUCAGGAAGUUUUCCUCUAGUGUCAAGGUGGCCAUAAAGGUGAUUGACAAGAAGAAAGCCCGGCAAGACUCCUAUGUCCUGAAAAAUAUGAAGAGAGAGCCGCGAAUCCACCAGAUGGUUCGACAUCCUCACAUAGUGGUUCUGCUGGAGACUCUGGAGACCGAGAAUAGUUACUACAUGGCCAUGGAGCUGUGCGCCGGAGGAGACCUGAUGGACAGGAUCUGUGAGAGGAAGAGACUGGAGGAGAGGGAGGUUCGACGCUACACACGGCAGAUCCUCUCUGCAGUGGAACACCUGCACAAACAUGGCAUUGUUCACAGAGAUUUGAAGAUUGAAAACUUCCUUUUGGAUGAACACAACAAUAUUAAGAUCGUGGACUUUGGUCUCAGUAAUACUCUGAAGGCUGAGUCUCUGUCUCUGGAGCUACUAACCACCCAGUGUGGGAGUCCCGCCUACGCCGCCCCAGAGCUGCUCGCUCACAGGAAGUACGGACCCAAAGUGGACGUCUGGUCUGUGGGGGUGAGUAUGUUUGCCAUGCUGACAGGGACCCUGCCCUUCACAGUGGAGCCAUUCAACAUCAAGCAGCUGCACCAGAAGAUGGUUAAUGGAGAGAUCAGCACCAUUCCUAGUGACGUCAGUAAAGGAGCAGUGGGGUUUGUGCUGUUUCUUCUGGAGCCAGACCCAGCUAAGAGACCCAGCGUUAGGGCUGCUAUGGAGGAGAAGUGGAUCAAUGAAGGAUAUGCCAAGAAGCCAUUACAUACACUGUCUCAUAAAAACAGGUUGCGUCCUGAGGAACUCAACUCAUCUGUGCUGACAUACAUGACAGAGAGCCUGGGCUACUCGCUCUCUGACGUCAUACAAACACUCACCAUCAACCGCCCCUCCACCAUCAUGGCCUCCUACCACCUACUGCUUAACAAGCUCAGCAGGAGCCAUAAAGGAGCCAAGGCCAGCAAGAAGCUGGAGAGCGGAGAGUGGUGCCUGCCCAGUACGAACACAUGGAGAGAGAGGGUUAAUACUGGAUUCAAGACACAGCAACAGAAUGACUCGGCCAAUGAAAAAGUCCCUAUGCAGUCCAAUAAGCCUUUGAGAGCUCAACCGCAAACAACGGUCUGUCAGAGCAUCCGGAAGAGACCUGACAACAUGUCCAGAAAGAACCCCGGAGAGGAUAAUAAGGAGAGCCGUCUCCCUUCUCCAUCCCUCCCCCAGAUACCUACCUCAACCUCCCUCUCUCUCCCUCCUCGUCUCCCCUCACUGUCUCCUGCUCCCCUGUCUGCGGAGGACGGGAUCACUGAGGAGGAGAUCGCCAUCACCCUGGAUACCAGGGAGGUGUUGUUCCCUGAGGUCUCUGUGUUCGGAGACAGGGAGCUGGUGCACCUCUCGCCCCCGAAAAGUUCUCCAUCCAAGCUGUGUGACUCUGCCCCUUGCCAAGUCCUUUCAACCACUGAGCCAAUCACAGACAACGGCACAGGCCGACCCAUCCGACAUGCACACCACCUCAGGACCACCCACUCAGAUGGGGUCACAGACCCUGGUUCGGACUGCCACCAAAACAACCAUCAUCAAGAUGACUGUCCCCAUCGCGUGGGCAUCGAUGAGCGCCUGGAGAAGCUACAGAAAUUCUACACCUCAGAGAAGACCAGUAUCUCUCCCAGGAUGCUCUUGGAGGCUGAUGCCCACAACACACGUACCGCCGACCGAGACCACUUGGGCACUGCGGGGCCUGUGACAACGUCGCCAUCUGCUCCCCUGCCCCGCUUGCGCAAUGUGGGUCUGAAGGAUGGAGGGGGCAAGAAGAUGACGUGGGUGGGUCUGACCCGACCGGGACCUCCGGGGCUGUUGGUGAAUGGAUCCAAACCCCCCACUUUCGCUUCCCAGAGACAGCACGCUCUGGCUAUCAAGAGCCUCAGACAGGAGAGGGGAAAACGAGGAGAACGGGCUGGAGGAGGAGGAGUAGGAGUAAGAGGAGGAGGAGAGAGAGGGACAGCAGGAGGAGGGAUGAACGGCAUGAGGAGGAACUCUACUCAUUUGCGUUCAUCUCUCCAGCGUCGUGUGGCUGACCUGAACUUUCCAUUGCUCCCUGCAGCCCUGCAGGGAAAACCAGAGAGGAAGAACCAGUUGCACAGUAUGGAUUACUAA